AUGCAGCUUGGCGAUGCUAUAUAUAUUGCCGGGAUCAGGCUUAUAUUAGGCCAGGAUCAAGCCAUCCAGUUAGGACACAAAACAAAAACUGAGCUUGUCCUUCCUACCACACUACGCGGUUGCUCCCUACAACCUCUCAAUCAAUGCCUCGUCGAUUUGCGAAGAACUGAUCCUCGCGAUGACAAGUCCCGUAUCGAGUCGACAAAGGGAGGGCUACUGAAAGAUUCGUCUCGCUGGAUUCUUGAACACGAAGACUUCCGAAAAUGGCAUGCGGACAAAGGCAGCCGGCUUCUAUGGAUCAAGGGGGACCCGGGGAAGGGCAAGACUAUGCUCCUCUGCGGUAUAGCCAAUGAGUUGAGUGGUUUACCUGCGACCGAGUGUCUCGUUUCCUACUUCUUCUGUCAAGCCACAGACACGAACCUGGACAACGCAACGGCCGUGCUUCGUGGCCUAAUCUACAUGCUCGUCACGCAAGAUCGCUCGUUGUUGAAGUACCUUCAUGAGGACUACAAAACUGCUGGCAAAGCUCUAUUCGAGGACGGAAAUACUUGGGACGCAUUGCUCAGAAUCUUCAAUACCAUGCUGCAGAACCACGAGUCGAACGAGCUCUUCUUUAUAAUUGAUGCACUUGAUGAGUGCUCAAAGGAUCUGCCCAGGCUCCUACAUUUGAUUGUCGAACAGUCUCGUGCUGGCCGAGCAAAGUGGUUAGUCACUAGUCGCAAUUGGCUAGACAUCGAGGAACAGCUUGAGACUGCCGAUCGAAAGGUGAGGCUCAGUCUCGAACUCAACCACGACUCUAUAUCUACUGCUGUAAACAUUUAUAUCGGGCAUAAGGUGAAUGAGUUACAGCGUAAUAAGAGCUUUGACGAGACAAAACGGGACGAGAUCAUAGGAUAUCUGACCUCGAACGCAAAUGAUACCUUCUUGUGGGUAGCUUUGGUUUGCCAACGGCUUGCAGAUCCCAAAGUUCGAGUUCGGCAUCUACCAAACGAGCUACGACGCUUCCCGGCUGGCCUGGACUUAUUGUACAAACGAAUGUUGAAGUCUAUCGACGAUUCUUUGGACGCCGAAACAUGUCGGAACAUUCUUGCAACUGCAUCGGUCGCAUAUCGACCAGUCAGUCUCCCAGAGCUGAUGAUACUCCUCGACGGGCCAGAAGAGGUUAAUAAUGUUGAGUACCUAAGAGAAAUUGUGCAACUAUGUGGCUCUUUCCUGACUAUCCGAGAAGACACCAUCUACUUCGUACAUCAGUCGGCGAAAGACUUUCUAGUCACAAACGCGGCCCAUACAAUUUUCCCUAAUGGCGUCGGCCGGAAACACUUCUCCAUCUUUUCAAAAUCGACUGACGCUCUAUCCAAGGGCCUUCGACGUGAUAUAUACUAUCUACGUAAGGACGGCAUCUCUGUCGACCAAAUUCAGGCUCCAAAUCCCGAUCCAUUAUCCCCUUUACGAUACUCUUGUAUCUAUUGGGUCGAUCAUCUAGCCGAAGGGGGCUCUGCGAACCUACAAUUCGAAGAAUGCGUUCAAGACGGUGGCGCAAUCCAAAAGUUCUUCAAAAAAAGUUAUCUACAUUGGUUAGAGUCUCUCAGUCUCCUUAGAGAUAUACCGAAAGGGGUCUCUUCUAUGUCCAAACUACGGCGCUUACUUAAGGGUAAGGAGAGCGCAGCAGGGUUAGCUGAAGUAGUAUAUGAUGCGCUACGAUUCAUCCAAUCUCACAGCGUUGUGAUUACGGGCAACCCACUCCAAGUAUAUGUGUCGGCACUGGUCUUCAGUUCCAACCGUAGUAUUGUACGGAAUUUAUUUCGAGGGGAAGAGCCCAAAUGGAUAAUCAGAAAACCAAUGGUGGAAGAUUAUUGGAGUGCCUGUUUACAGACGCUCGAGGGCCAUGGCGAUACGGUCACCUCGGUGGCCUUCUCCCCCGACGGCCGGGUCGUGGCCUCGGGCUCCUACGACGACACGGUCAAGCUCUGGGCGGCCGACACGGGCGCGCUGCAGCAGACGCUCAAGGGCCAUGGUUCUCGGGUCAGGUCGGUGGCCUUCUCGCCCGACGGCAGGCUCGUGGCCUCGGGCUUGUGGGACGAGACGGUCAAGCUCUGGGCGGCCGACACGGGGGCGCUGCAGCAGACGCUCGAGGGCCAUGUUUCUCGGGUCACCUCGGUGGCCUUCUCGCCCGACGGCCGGCUCGUGGCCUCGAGCUCCUACGACGACACGGUCAAGCUCUGGGCGGCCGACACGGGCGCGCUGCAGCAGACGCUCGAGGGCCAUGGUUCUUGGGUCACCUCGGUGGCCUUCUCGCCCGACGGCCGGCUCGUGGCCUCGGGCUCGUGGCCUCGGGCUCGUGGGACGACACGGUCAAGCUCUGGGCGGCCGACACGGGGGCGCUGCAGCAGACGCUCGAGGGCCAUGGUUCUCGGGUCACCUCGGUGGCCUUCUCCCCCGACGGCAAGGUCGUGGCCUCGGGCUCCUACGACAACACGGUCAAGCUCUGGGCGGCCGACACGGGCGCGCUGCAGAAAACAGUCGAUAUGGGUUCUGCAUCACGAACUCUCGCAUUCGAUAGCAAUAGCCAGUAUGUCUUCACUGACGUUGGUGCCAUCGCUGUUUACGCCUCACAAGAGUCUGGUCUGAUCAGUGAUAUUACUAACUCGUCUCCACCGAACGAGGUUUCACCUCAGUCUAUUCAAGGCCACCGCCUCGGAUAUGGUCUCAGUACAGACCAGAGCUGGAUCACACUCCAUGGACAGAGGAUUUUUUGGCUGGCACCAGACUUUCGACCAUCAUGCUCAUGUAUAUAUCAAUCGACAGUGGCAAUCGGGUGUGGUUCAGGUAGGGUUAGUAUUAUGCGUUUUUUAUGAGGAUAAGUUCGGGACUAUGGUUAUUAGGUGAAAU